UUUAUGUUUACUUUUAUUAAAGUAAAUUAGAAAAGUUUUUGUAAAAUUCAAUAAAUUUUGCACUGGCUGCAAUAUUUGUAAAUCAUGAGCGCGAUAAUCGACGUGUCUUGUGUGAAAAUUGAGCGCGACCAGGAGCCGGAGCAGCAGCAGGAGUUCUAUGGAGUCUUGGAGAACGCCAAUUGUGCUCAGUUCAAAGCUGAACCACCUUUUACAGAGAUGGACAUAGGGCCCAUUAAAAUAGAUCCGGAUGGGUUGAGAGUAGAGCCAGCAGACAAGCAGCAGACUGUAAAAAAGCCGGUUCCAAGAACUCGAAUGAAGAAGAGAGCUGCUGCAGCAGCGGACUCUUCAACUGUUGUCAAGGGACACCACCAGUGCGCACAUUGUCCGCGGUAUUUCGAACGUAGCGAUGAGCUGAACAUACACCUGCUAAUACACACAGAUAAACUAUCCUACAAGUGUUCCUACUGCCCGAGUAGUUUCUCGCACAAAUCUAUCUACACUAGCCAUAUGUUUGGACAUACCGGGAAAUUUCCACAUCAGUGCCCUGAUUGUCCGCAAGGAUAUAUGAAAUACGCAGAUCUGAUGAAGCAUCAACGCACGCACAUUGUCAAAGAUAUGAACAAAUGUCCUUUGUGUCCGAGGAACUGCAUACACAAGGGGAAGGGUUUUCUUCAAUGUCCGCAAUGUCCGCGCGUCUUUGCCAAGGGUUUCGAGCUGAAGAUUCAUCUGCAGAUUCACAGCGACAAGUUGUCCUACAAGUGUCCGCAUUGCCCGAACAGCUUUGCCCACAAAUCGAACUAUAUCGCUCACGUUUAUGAGCAUACGGGCGAAUUUCCACACAAAUGCCAUCAUUGUCCGAAGGGAUUCAUGAAGCGAAACGAUUUGAUCAAACACAAGUGCUCUGUAUCGAGCUCGCCCAUUGGCGUGAAUCGCCAGCGGCAAAAUGGAGCAAAGGCAAUCAUAGAUGCAAGCUGUAUUGAAAAGGAGCCAGUGCAGCGAGUGGAGCAGGUGCAGCAAAGCAAAGCUCCACCAAAACACACGACGGAAGUUCAAGGACGCAUGAGUCCAAGAGUCAAAAAGCCUGCACUGGAAUUGAAAACAGCAGAGAGCAUAAAAAAACACAGAAAGGAGAAGCAGCAGCCGCAGCAGCAGUCCAUAACAAGUGCCUUAGUGAACUUGAAGAGUAAGGCUGAUUUGCUGGAAAGCAAUAUUAGGCUGAAAUCCAUUAAAACAGAGCCGGAGGAGGAAGAGCAGCAUAGCAAGGCAACACAGCGGCCAUCAAAUGUUAACUCGAGACUCGAAGCUAGCAAAAAUGUCGAGCAACCUGCAGUAAAAGUGAACAAGAGGCGCAGCUAUAAAUGCAACUUGUGCAGCAAGGAAUUUCCCAACUUACAGCAGCUGCAACUGCACGAAAAAUGCUGCACCUCGUCAAGCAGGCAAACAUCUGAAGCGGAUAGCCAUUGCUCGAGGAAGUUCCCACAGCCGUCCAGCCCCGCAGAGCAAAAACUCAUUCAUACAGCUGAACGUUCAUAUAAAUGCCCGCCUGUUAGUAAGCUUGAAAGGCCAUUCAAGUGUCCGCACUGCCCGUGCACUUUUGUGAGCAACGUGAAUCGAAACAAACAUUUGCAAGUCCAUCAGAGUGAAGCGCCGAGCGAUUGUCCUUACAAGUGUCCGCAUUGUAAGAGGACCUUUCAGCAAAAGUCGCACUUUCUGGUGCACCUACGUGGACAUACGGGCGAACGGCCCUUUCAGUGCAAAUACUGCACGAAAGGCUUCAAAGUCAGCCAUGAUCUGAAGAAACAUCUGCGUAAUCAUACGGGCGAACGUCCCUAUGAAUGUCCGCAUUGUCCGAAAACCUUUGCACAGAACUCGAAUUUCAAUUCGCAUCUGCGUGGACAUGCAGGCGAAAGACCCUACCAGUGUCCGCAUUGUCCGCGUUCCUUUCUAAAGGCCUACAACUACAAGGUCCAUCUGUGCAUCCAUACGGGCGAAAAACCCUUCAAAUGUCCAUACUGCCCGAAAUCCUUUGCCCAAAGCUCCUAUUGCAAGGCGCAUCAGCGAGAGCACACGAAAUGA